AUCUCUUCCCUUCCAUAAACAACAAUAACAAUAACCACCACCCUCCCUCUCAUCUACACACACUUCAACCACUCCUAACAAUCUCUCUUCCUCUCCAAAUGGAGAAUAUUCCCACUCUCACCGCUUCUAACUCACCGGAAUUCGAGUUCAGAAACCCGUCUUCCGAUCAAACCACCCUCCACUCCGCCGACCAACUCUUCUCCGACGGCGUCCUCCUCCCCCUCCACCUCCUCACCACCACCACCACCGAUGACCCACCGGACAUCCCAACAAACCCACCCUCAGAUAACAUCAAUAUCCCCGGAUCCGACCCCAAAGUUCCAACCUUUACUGCAUCUAAACGUUGGAAAGAUAUUUUCAAGAAAAACCCAGAAAAAAAAGACAAAGAAAUCAAGAAAAAAAAAGAAAAAAAUGUUGUCUCCGGCGCCGGUGCCGGAGUUGGAACGGCGACGGCGGAGCUGAAUAUAAACUUGUGGCCGUUUUCAAGAAGCAGAUCGGCGGGGAACAACCGGCCGCGGACGGUUGCCGGAAACCGGAAAGUGAGUAGUGCGCCGUGUUCCCGGAGCAAUUCCACCGGCGAUAAGUACCGGAAAUGGCCGAACAGUCCGGGUCGGGUCGGGGUUCAUUUGGGUCGGAGUAGUCCGGUUUGGCAAGCGAAACGGGUCGGGCUGAGCCGGAGUUUACACGACGGUGUUGUUCGGAGCACCGCCGAGAAAAGUCCCCGGCCUGGGAAAAGUUCCGGCACCGGUACCGGUGCCGGAGGAAAUGGUAAGGUGUUGAAUAUUAAUGUUCCGACGUGUAUUGGGUACCGGCAACGGAUGGGUUGUCAGAGUGAUGUGAGUAAAGAAAAUAAUGGAAGUGUUGCCGGAGGGAACGGUGGUGCAACGGCGGUGGGUGGCGGUGGUGACGGUGGAGCUAGUGGUUUGUUUAAUUUGAGGAGCUUGUUUACUAAAAAAGUGUUUUGACUUUGUGUUUAUUUAUUACUUUUUUACUUUUUUUUUUUGGUUUUAAUUUUAUGGGAUUGUUAGAUUUCCCUUUUUUUUUUUUUGAAUGUUAAUGUGUAAAAUAUUAAUGGAAAAUUGAAAGUAGCUUUCUAACCUGUCAGAUUCUGUCUCUUUCGACUUUA